AUUACAUCUAGAGAUGGCCGUUGUAAAGGGGGCAGCAGCUCCCUGAGUAAAAGCUCGCCAUCGCUUCCCUCUGCAUUUUGGGUGAAUGGAGCUCAUUAUGUAUGCAGCUUUCUCGCAGCUCCAUUCACAACUAUCGCUCCUCUUGUCCCUCUUCCCUCUCUCCCUGCAGGCUGCGUGGAUCUCAUUCAACUCAGCCUAAAUGACCACAAACGGUUAACGGAUGGAUUAUAAAAUGGAUGGAUAUUUGGACCAGCAAGUGCCUUACACUUUAGCAAAUAAGUCCCAAGGACAUGGGUCCCUAAAUAGACUGUUGAUGGCUGCAAGAAGGAAAUACAUGGACACGGAAUUACCCCCUCAGGAAUCUGAAGACCUCUUUCAGGAUUUAAGCCAACUUCAGGAGACAUGGCUCACAGAAGCUCAAGUUCCUGACAGUGAUGAGCAGUUUGUUCCUGAUUUCCACUCCGAAAACUCAGUGGCAUUCCACAGCCCGCCAGUCACCAUCAAGAAGGAACCACAGAGCCCAGGUUCCGACCCCAGCCAAUCCUGUAGCCACAAGCAGACCUUCACCUACCCCAAUGGAGAGCAGUGCCCUUACGCCAGUGCCUACGAGCAGAAGAGGGCCCCAGGACCAAAUAAGAGCUCCUGCACCCAAGGGACACCCAUGUCCCCCAUGCAGCACCAUUACUCCCCCAAGCAAGUCGGAGGCGCUGGUGGAAGGCCUGACAACAUGGCCUACAACAUGAACCACCCUGCUGCCUCCCAGCCACUGCCCAGCCACAACAACUACCCCAUGAACACCAGUUCCAGGUAUCAGGCCCCCUCAGCAGACAUGAGCCCCCAAGGGUUCCCCCCCCAAGGGCAGGCCUUCCAGCGAAUGCACGCUGCCCCAGCCGGAGGUGGUGGCGGUGGAGGAGGAGGUGGAGGACCGGGUGGAGGUGGUGGUGGUGUCGGGGGUGGCUACCAUCGGCAGCACUCAGAACCCUGUCUGCCCUACCUGCAGCAGAGCUUCAAGCAGGAGUAUCUGGACCCUCUGUAUGAGAGGGCAGCCCACAUGGCAGGACAAGGACACGGGCCUGGGCCAGGGCAUGGAUCAAGGCACCUACCUCACCAACCCCAAAACUCCCAUCCCCAUCCUCACAGGUUCCCCCCUGCCCACAUGAUGGUGAAGCAGGAGCCAACUGACUACACCUAUGAGCCUGACGUGCCUGGAUGUCCUUCAGUGUACCGCCACAACGAGGGGUACCCCAACCCCCAGCACAACAAUGAAGGCUAUCUCUUUGAAAAUGACUCCUGCGUCGUUCCGGAGAAAUUCGAAGGUGAGGUGAAGCAGGAGGCGGGUAGUGUGUUCCGUGAUGGGGCCCCCUACCAGCGCCGGGGAUCCCUGCAGCUCUGGCAGUUCCUGGUGGCCCUGCUGGAUGACCCGGGAAACGCCCACUUCAUCGCCUGGACCGGCCGCGGCAUGGAGUUCAAACUCAUCGAGCCUGAGGAGGUGGCCAGGCUCUGGGGCAUGCAGAAGAACCGUCCAGCCAUGAACUAUGACAAGCUCAGCCGCUCCCUGCGUUAUUACUACGAGAAGGGCAUUAUGCAAAAGGUGGCAGGGGAGCGCUAUGUUUACAAGUUUGUGUGCGAGCCCGAGGCUCUCAUCUCCCUGGCCUUCCCCGACAACCAGCGGCCCAGCCUGAAGGCAGAGUUUGAGCGCUACGUCAACGAGGAGGACACUGUGCCCCUGUCCCACAUGGACGAGGGGGCCUCCUAUCCCAGUGAACAAGCCCCACCAAACAUGGGCACCCAGCCCUACUCCAAAGGUUACAUGUACUAAUGCCACCACCCCACUCCACCCGCUAUCCUCUCUGUCGGGGGGGUUGGCAACAGGCGGCCCGUGGGCCAAAACCGACCGACAAGUGUUUUUUUGGGGGGCGGGGCCUCCAAAAGUUUUUCGUUUUGUCAAAGACUAACAUCACCUGGAAUUCAGCCCAAAAUGUGUUUCAUUUAGGACAUUUGUUCCCAAGUAUUCCCACAAAUAAAAAGAGGUGAUAAUGUCUCAAUGUAAUCAAGGUAUGAAAGUUGUUUUUUUCAAAUACAAUCUCUCUUUUUUGGGCUUAGUUGUGGUCAAUUUGCAGCGUACAAAUGAUUAUGUUCCGGGAUCCCCGACCAUCCGCUUGUCCCGCGUCUGAAUCUAAUCUAGUUGUCUACCCCGGCCCCGGCACCUAUUGCACAUGUCCACCCCAUUCACUUGUAUAUAAAAAGGCUAUGGUGUUUCUUUGAGUUUUUAACAGCUGCAUUCCUCUCACUUCUGAGGCCUAUUUAAUCCAUACACAUGACUGUGGUUAAAGAGAUUGCUUAAUAAAGACACAAUAUUACUACUA